CAAAGCGAGAGAAACACGACACAAUACAAACACAAUACAAAAAGUAGGCGGAGCGCACUCGUCACACGCGAGUGAGCAGCUCAGCAGCAGCAGCAGCGACAGCAGCGACAGCUGGCGACAGAAAACAUCGCAUAAACAUCGCCGACGAGUGAAAUGCCAGCCACAUGUUUUGCCCCUGCGACGAGCGUGUUUGCUGAGUGAGUUUUUUGAGUGGUUUUCUGUUGGUUUGGCUUUGAGCCAGCUAAGGGAAACCCUCCCUCAAUCGCAGCGCAGUGGACAGCGAACAAAACAAAAAAAAAAGGGGAUUGGAAUAUGGAAUAGAAUAGAAUAGAGAACCCAACCCUUUGGCUAACCCUUAAACGUUGACACUUUUGUGCUGACCACACAUUCCAUCCACAUGCCGCAGAGAGCGGGAGAGACAGCGAUGUGAAGCGACAGCGACGGCGACGUGAAGCGAAGCGAAUGGCAGGAAAAGCGAUAGAGCACCAUUUCCAUUUCCCUUUUUCCAUAUUCAGUUGGCUGAGUUGUUUUUAGUGCGUGCGUCGUUUGUUUGUGUUGCGUUGUGUUGUGUUCUGUUUAAGCCUUUGGAACUCACCUCGCCAUCCUCCCGCAACCCCUAAAACUCGUGCCUAACUGCGUAGCAUAACGCGCUCAACCCUUUCCGUGUGUGUGCCCAAAAAUCGAACAAGUUUUGAGCGUGCCACAACAACAACAAUGGGCAUGCAGCUUUUGCUUUUGUCUUCUUUUCUCAAGUGCCGGUCAAAUUGAUGCGUUUUUCCGCGACGGCGACGGCGGCAACAACUUUCGACACAAACACAAACAGUUUGCCGGCGUCGCUCGCGUUGAACAGAGAAACCCCAAAAGAGUUCGGCAACAGCUCCGAUAACGAUAACGAUAGCCCCGAUAUACCUUAAAGGGUUAAGCAUGUGGAUGUGUGUGUGUGAGUGUGAGUGUUUAAUAAAAGUGCGUAAAUUUAUUAAGCGGAAAAUCAAAAGGGAGAAAAAUCCAAUAAAAAUCAAAUCCGAAUUCAACGAGUUGAAGGACAAUGGAAGUGAGUCAUUUGGACACAGGCUGAAGGACAUCACGAACUCAAAUGUCGCCAGCGCAUACACGAAAAAAAAACAACGCCAACGCCUUUGGGCCACAAGCUGCAAAUGCUGGCACACAAAACUGGCAGAAACUCCUCUUUCGAAGGCGACCGAAGCAAAGAGUCAACAACAACAACAACAACAACGAGAGGAACUUCUCGGCAACAUGUUGCACACACUCGUGCAACUCGCCCCAGCAAUUUGCAUACAAAUGUUGCCGUGUGGCACUUGAAAAUGCAUUCGCAAUCACUGGAAAGGAAAAGAGACCACGAGUAAAACGCUUUGGCAGCGGGGGGCAUGCAACAGACGAUGCAACAGCAGCUGCCCCGUUUCAUAAUUUGAUAUUAAACAUGCGCCUCGUAUGUAGAACUUGUAAAUUUGCAAAUUGCUAAAACGCAUGACAGCAGCAGCAGCCACAGCAGUAGCAACAACAGCUGCCCCUUCCACACACAACAACAACCAAAAAAAAAAACUCUCUCAUUCUUUACCUUUCUCCGGGAGUUCAAAAGGCAUUUUGGCCGCGAGCGCUGCGUGAAUUUGCAUUUACAUUACAAACUCGGAGUCAAACUCAAACUCAAGCCCGAAAACUCGCCAAGAACUUCAAUGCAACCUCGUUCCUUCUCCUCUCCUCUUCUCUCCCCUCCUCUUCUCAAACAUUGCUCAAUUGACUUUCAAUUGCAAAACAAACAAUACGAAAGCAAAUCGUAUAAAAAAACGCAGCUGAAUUUAUUUAAAAUGUUUUCGCAUUGUUGUCGAUAUGUUGAUUUCCAAGUGCUCACAAUGUGAGAUAUGAGCUCGUCUAUAGUAUAUAUAGAAUAUCUGAUUGACAUACUCAUGUUUCCCGAUCAAUUGAUCGCCUGGGAGUGGAAGUGGAAGCUUUGCUGCCAAGUGUUUGCUUAGCAGUUUUUUUUUUUGCUUUUUCUGUUUUGUUUUGCCAGCCAAAAUUUGUUAAUAUUGCACUUGGCAGCGUUAUAAAAUUAUGCUUUUGGCUCUGAAGUGUGCACACUUUUAUUUAUCUCAAUGGGAAAGUUGGCUCAAGGUGUGUUUUGGCCUUUUGUCUUAAUGCGCCCCAAAUGCGGCUUAUGAGCGAAGAGUGCAAUUUAGCUGGAAACCUUUCAGCAAACUGCAAAAACUCUAUAACAAAAAAUGCUCUUGAUUUCAAAAAGGCUAGAAGAAGCUUUUGUGGGUAUUAAAUCUUGUGAAGUUAAUGAUCAAUUUUGAUGUAGAUUUCCAAAUGUAUUAUUUUUGUAGUUAAUAUUUGUUGUAUUUAAGAGUUUGCUGCAAAGGUUUG